AUGACUGAACGGUGGAACAUUAGCAAUAGUGCGUUGCGAGGUGGCUUGGGACCGGGCGGCACGGGCAGUGGUAGCAAUACGGGCAGCAACGGUGUUGGCAACGGUUGCAUUACCUUAGGUCAUCCAGUAGUAGCGGCCGGAGAUGGUAACAUCGGCGGGGCAGGAAUCUCAGCAGCACCACACAGUACGGGAAGCACCGGCGGACCUACUACCUUCAGUGCGCCGAACGGAGAGUCGGGCAUUUUGCGGCGGACUGGUCAUUACCAUCAUCUCGGUGGCGCACCGGACAGCUUUGACGAUCUGCUAGUGUUCGGGUACUCGUGCAAAAUCUUCCGCAAUGACGAGAGAGCACGGUUCAUCGAUCAGGGCCGGCAUCUGAUACCGUGGAUGGGCGACAAUCAGUUGAAGAUAGACAGAUAUGAUGCACGCGGUGCAUUGCACGAUCUCGCACCGUACGAGCCACCUGCGGGUGGAUAUCAAGAUCGUUUGGAGGGUCUUACGGCGGCAGAACAGAAGGCGGAACAACUAUGCGAAGAGGAACGCUACUUCAGCCUUUACAGCAAUGAAGUUGAGGAGGAAAUGUAUCAAGACGAAGUUCGCAAACGGGAAAUGCUCUUGGGCAACCAGGUGCCCUUCAAUUACGAUGCACCAGUACCUCAGGAAGGCGCACCCGUUGCGACGGUCGAAGAACGUACCAGCGCCGAUGAACAAGAUGACGAUCCGUACAAAGUACCGAAGGGCUUCGAAAUUCUUCCGGACAUUCCAUUGCCGGAGACCAUGAAGGAGCACGCCAUAAUUGAGAAAACGGCCAAAUUCAUCGCUUCCCAGGACGCCCAAAUGGAGAUCCUGCUUAAGACGAAACAAUCGAACAAUCCGUUGUUUAAUUUUCUUAACCAAACUGAUCGCCUGUUUCGCUACUACCGACAUGUGCUGCUUGCGUUUCGCACCAAUCAGUAUCCAAUUAUGCCGGAGCAGCAAAGCGACGAUCGGAAGGGAAAGGGAUCGAACAGCGAGAAUGGAACGGAUACCGAGACGAGCGAAUCAUCCGCACAAAUACAGCCGAAAAUUGUUGUUCCGGCCAUCAAAUACAAACCAUCGGUGGACUGUGCCUAUACGCAGCUUAUUAGUAAGAUUACGGGAGCUCCUAUUCCGACAAUGGUUUCGGAGGAACCAAAUAACGUAACGGAAGCACCGGCAUCCACACAGCAAACCCGCAACACAACGGACAUUGAACACAAUCCGGAGGGUGCAAGUACUUCCGUGGAGGUAAAGAAAGUAUCCACCGGUUUGGCUGGUUUGGUUCAGUACGAUUCUGACAGUGGUGACAGUGACGAUAACGACAGCGAACAGGACCAGAAGGAGAAAAGGAAAAUGGAUGGCUCGAAAAAGGGGAAGGAGCUCGCACCAUUCGAAGGAAUUGUUCCACCGCUAACCAUUCAUAACAUCAUCGAUCGAACGGCGAUAUAUGUGGCAAAGAAUGGGUACAGCUUCGAAGAGGCCUUGCGUGCCAAACAGGAUGCUCGCUUUGUGUUUCUGAAUCAAGCGCACGAGUACUACCCGUACUAUGCGUAUCGCGUGCGUCAGCGCAUGAAUGCAGGCGAUCUUGGAUUGGGAUUACAACCUCCCAGCCCACCGCCGGCGAAGGUGCGAACGGAAACGGAGAACGGAACCGUGGUCGAAACGACACCAAGUCUGGGCAUUAAAGCUGUUCAUACGGCGGCCCCCAAGGCAAUUCCCACACCGGUGACGAAUAUACAGCACCAGAAGCUAGGGGCACCGGUUAGCUUUUCACUCGUACGAAAGCAGAAAGAAGAGGGCGGUGCGGUAAAGACAAUGCCCGGGUUAGGGAGCGAUGAGGAAGAAGAUGAUAAAGAUUCGAAACAACAGGAAGUCCAUGAGGAUAAAGAGCAGACUACAGAGAGUGACGUUGUGGUAAAGAAAUUGUCAGACAGUAAGGAGGAAGAUUCGAAUGAUGUUGGUAAGACUCCGAACGUCAGUAAAGACGAUACCGAUAGUGAACUAUUUUUAGAUGGAGCAGAUGUACUGGAAGCAACUUCACCACCUGCCUGUAUUGUAACACCUUCUGGAACUCAAAAGUCCGAACGAGAACCGUCAGAUGCGAAGGAAAAACAGGCAGAGCGUAAAAAACGUGCCAAUCUGUUCGUGAACCUCAUCAAGCACGUCGAACGGAAGGUUGAUGUAGCGCAAGAACCGACGGAAAACAAUACGGCGAUUGAAAAACCAGCACCUACUGAACCCACACCGAAAGAGGCUGCUAUUAGUGACGCGGAAAAUGAAUCAAUCCAUUCAGUGCGCUCGACCAGCAUGUCACCGAAGGAAGCGACUCCGAGUAUACCAACCUUGAACGCCAACAUAACCACGACGGUGAUCGAAGACGAUGAUGACGAUGACGUUGUGCUGGUGAGUGAAACACGGCCAGAUCCCAACCCGCGGUCCCGAUCACGUUCCCACGGGGACUACGCGUCCGAUACGCAGCGUUCCGGCAAUGGUACCGAACGGCGAUCAAAGAAGAAAAAAUCCAAAAGCCACCAUCGCUCGACACGGGUAAAGAAGAAAGCGAAGAAAAAAUCACGCUCUCGAUCGGUGUCCCGGUCCGAACGAUCCUGCUCGCGGCACUCGCGCAUUCGCAAACGUAGCCGCAGCAGAAAUCGUCGUGAUCGCACUAGAUCACACAGUCGAUCCAGCAGUGAAGAUAAUCAAUCCACCAGACAUGGUGAUCGUAUCAAGCGUAUGAAAAAAACCAAACGUGCCACCCGCAGUAGAUCCAUUUCCCGAUCACAAUCCCGGUCCCGUUCACCCACUUACAAGCGGUCCCGAUCGCGUUCCAAAACGAAACGGAUGCGAAAACGGAACGCAUCCGUCGAGCGACAUAAACGGAAGCAUCGUUCGCGCAGUCGUAGCUCACGCCGGAACAGCGACAGUGACAAGGAAGAUCGUAGCCGGCAUCAUCGUGCACAGCGAAGACGUGACGGACACUACGAGUACGAUGAGCGAUAUCCACCGGCAAGAGCACGAUACUGGGAUUGUUAA